AUGUUUCCGUGGGAAGAAGUGGUUCAAGGCCGUGAGUUGCAACGCUUCAUGAAUAAUCAAGCGGAUCUCGUCGCCUAUCUCGUCUUUGCCUACCUCGGGAUGGUGCGCUACGGUCCGGGGCUCGCGCGCCGCCUGCUGGGAGAGCUCCCGCCGCCCACCGUCAGCUCCUCCGGAAAGAAAAUCCCCGCGAAACCCCCGCGAUGGCUUCAGAUGUGCAUGACGCUGUGGAACCUGUUGUUGGCGUCGUUUUCGUUUUUCGGGGCGGUGGUGAUGGUGCCCGGGCUCGUGCAGGGGGUCUUUCGGUAUGGUCUCCACAACACCGUCUGCGCGGACCACGACGAGCUCACCUACAGGUCGCCCGUGGGAGCCUGGACGGGGAUCUUUGUGCUCAGCAAGAUCCCGGAGCUCGUGGAUACGCUCUGGUUGAUCCUCGAAAAGCGAAAAACGCCGUCCUUCCUACACUGGUUCCACCACGCUUCGGUGCUGAUCUUCUCCUGGUUCAGCUACUCCAUGGGGAAUUCGACGAUGAGCAUGUUCGCCUGCAUGAACAUCUUUGUGCAUACGAUCAUGUAUAGCUACUUUUUCAUCUGCUCCAUGGGCUGGAAGAAGUUGGUCCGACGCUUCUCAAAGUUCAUUACGAUGCUUCAGAUACUCCAGAUGGUCGUCGGUUCCGCAUUGACGUUCUAUUCCUACUAUAUUAAUAUGUCUGCGUACAGGAAAGGUAUCGAUGACAUUGAUAAACUGCCCUGUGCGGUCAACAAAUCCACGGCACGCUUUGGGUGCAUCAUGUACCUCAGCUAUCUUUACCUGUUCUGCAAGAUGUAUGUGCAGUCCUACAUGACACCGAAGAAGGAACUAUAA